GUCUGCAGUGGACACCUUUACUUUACUCGUAUUGUUUAAUGAUUUAUAAGCUAAUUCUUAUAUCGAAAGAGAAUUUACAUUAACAAGAUGUUUUGACCCGCAAGUUAAUCAUGAAGGAAAGUCAAAGAAUAAUGAUUCUACGUCAAACAUGUAUUUCCAUUGCAUGAACUUUAAUUUUCAACGUAGACUUUGGUUAAUAAUAUGAGUACUUUUCACAUUAAAGAUUGCCUAUAAAAGAUACGCACUUUAAUAGCAUUUUGUUCAUCCAACUAAGAGCUUAAUUAAUUUCCCGUCAAAAAAAAAAAAAAAAAAAAAAACAAAAAAACUAAGAGCUUAAUUAAGAGCAUUUAUAAAAAUAUAAUCCUACGUCACAUACAAUAAACUCUUACUGUUUUAAUAAUCUUAAUGGGUUUCACAAUACAAUCCUCCCAACUCUUAUGCUUAGCCUUAGUACUUGUCUUGGGGCUUUGUGCUACACAAGCCAUGGCUCGUCCUCUCAACUAUCACAAAGACUUAUCAAUAAGAGAGAGGCAUGAGCUUUGGAUUGCUCAACAUGGACGAGUCUAUAAGGAUGAAAUAGAGAAGGAGAGGCGUUUCAACAUAUUCAAAAGGAAUGUUGAGCGUAUAGAAAAUCUCAAUGGUAAUGCACCAUCAAAUAUAUUAUACACAUUAGGUACUAAUGCCUUCACUGAUUUAACCACUGAGGAGUUUGUAGCUACUCACACUGGUUAUAAAAAGCAAUUUGACUCCAUGUCUUGUGGUUCAAUGACAAAAGAGUUUAGGUACGAAAACCUUACUGGUGAUAAAAUCCCGUCUUCAAUGGAUUGGAGAGAACACGGAGCUGUUACAGGGAUAAAAGACCAAGGGCAAUGUGUUAGUUGUUGGGCAUUCUCAGCAAUUGGGGCAGUAGAAGGGCUGAACAAAAUAAAAACUGGACAAUUAAUCUCACUUUCAGAGAAGGAACUUGUUGAUUGUGUACAAGAAGACAGUUGUGAUGGUGGUGAUAUGACGAAUGCUUUCGAAUUCAUCGAAAAAAACCAAGGUAUAUCAACAGAAGCCGAGUACCCAUACACGGCAUUCAAUGGUAAUCAGAGUCAAUGCCAAGCUAAAACAAGUGUUGUGACAAUAAACGGCUAUGAAUCAAUUCCACCAAAAGACGAGGCUGCCCUACUCAAAGCCUCGGUUGGAAUCGAUGGUUGCGGGUUUGAGUUCAAUAACUACCAAAGUGGAGUCUUCCAAGGGGAGUGUGGCGACGACAUUAAUCAUGCUGUUACAGCUAUCGAGUAUGGCACAAGUACGGAUGGGACUGAUUAUUGGUUGUUGAAGAACUCAUGGGGCGAAAAUGGUUAUAUGAGGCUUAUUAGAGGACUGAAUAAAUGUGGUAUCACAUUGGACGCUUCUUGGGUGUUGUUUGGUUGAUAUGGGAAAUGA